CCAGAAGAUAAAAUUUUAAAUUUCUGAUUAUGUUGUAAAUCUUAUCUGAAACAGCGUAAAGCUCAAAGUCAGGUGAAGAGAUUUGACAGCUUUAGAUAACUUUAUAAUACUAACUUUUGAAAGUCACAUUUCAUUUAAUUCAAAUUGAAGAUUCGAAGCAGUAGAAGGAAAUAUUUUAAGUUGCGCCGGCCGACAUAUGAAUAGGCCGGCACCUACUAAAAAAGGAUAGCUCUAAUAAUUACAUUUUAAGGAUGAAGGCAGAAGUAAAGAACUUGAAUAAAUUGCAUAUCUAUGCAGUGGAGAUAUUAUUUGCAGCCUCUAUUUUUAUAGCAUCGCAGAAUUUCAACACAGAAAACAAAUCAACAUUUUAUGCAGUAGUGGCACGCCAUGUUAUAUAUAUAUACAUUGUGAGAGGCUCCAGCGAAGCAAUACGGGUGGCUUACAAAGCUUUUCAUGGCAACACUGGCGCCGUCUCUCGGUGUUGCCAGCACAACCAUAAACACUUGCUUGUGUUCGUCGCGGCCUUUGGUUACCUGAUUUUGAACCAGGCAAGUCUGUUCGGCGAAGAGUUUCUGUACCUCUACGUGGGAUCUUUGGUCAUCAAAUGUAUGGAUAUGGGCGUGGAGAAACGCAAAGUAUCGUAUGGCACGGGCAUGGCGUGCAGCUUCUUCGAGGGUUAUCUGGCGUUAAUGAUCCCCAGCGACGGACACACCUACGUGGGCCUCCACGAGAACAUACGCAUGUUCGAGGCCAACGAGUCCGUGCGAUUCCCAGUACGCAGAUGGUUUAUCAUUAUCACCAAGACCAUGUACUGUCCCCCUGAUCUCAAGGAAUUCAAUAUACCGAACCGGCCAGAUCUGCCUUCGUUGGAAGCUUGCAAGUCGUUGGAGAACGUGGUGAAAGACGUGGCAGGCGUGAAGAGGCGCGUGUACAGGAACUCCGCGUACAAGAUAGAGCGACGCGGGCUACCUUCGGUUUAUAUCGCGGCCGAAUGUGCCACGCCAUUGCACACCCUACACCGCGUCAUGAAGAAGAAGUCACUGUAUAAAGAGUUGGAAGACAUAGACGUUGAAGAGGUGGUGAAAGACUUUAGCUCGAUGCUGACCUCCAUACUGGAGCUGAGUGAGGAGUGUAAGGGAAAAUGCGAGGUCAUUUACUUCGACAACUCUGACCCAGAAGCAAAUCUGGCUGAAGUUCUCUUACAGAGGAUACGAGAAAUCGAACCCAACUUUGAGGAAAUCAUCAGGCAAAAGGAUGAAUAAAGGCUUGUUAUUUUAUAUGUGUAUACAGGGUGUUCAUAGGGUAUAUGUGCCGUAGGAUGAUUUGAUAAAUCGAAUCCUAGUGAUCUUUAGAAAACGCGAAUAAUUACUAAUUAGACAAUGGCGAUGACAUUUUCUAAUCCUACUAAAAAAAGUCACAGAUCGCGUGCUCUACACGACUUGAAAGGGCAUUGAAAAUGAAUCUACCUAUAAUAGAUUAUUAAAAAAAAAAUGUGUGCGUGUACUA